UAAGGAAGAGAAGCUACCACCAAGUCCCACUCCUCCUGAGGUACACCAAGAGAGCGACCUCUCAAGGCAUCCGGAACUCCACUUGAUCAAGACUUCAAGUCUCCUCCAAGACAUUUUAACAUGUUUAUCAAGGCGGCGUUGUUACUGGUGGCGUUGAGCGUGGUGCUGGCGUCUCCUCACGGCCCUUACAACCCCUAUCCAUCACAGCCCUACGCAUUCAAGUACGGCGUCCAGGACAGCUACAGCGGUCAGAACCAUGGCAGGAAGGAGUACUCCGACGGCCACGUCGUCAAGGGCACCUACAGUGUGGACUUGCCUGGCGGUACACGGCAAAGGGUGGACUAUCAGGCAGACAAGUACAACGGCUACCAGGCGAGGGUCUCCUACACCGGCGUGGGCUACUGAACCUCUACUGAACCUCCGCUGAACAAUGGCUGAACCUCUGCUGAACAACGUUCGAACCUCUAUUGAAAGAUUGUCAACAACUAGUGAACGACUGCCAGCGGCUGCUGCACGACUGCCAGCGGCUGCUGCACGACUGACAGCGGCUGCUGCACGACUGCCAGUGGCUGCUGCACGACUGCCAGUGGCUGCUGCACGACUGCCAGCGGCUGCUGCACGACUGCCAGCGGCUGCUGCACGACUGCCAGCGGCUGCUGCACGACUCCUGAACGACCACACUCAACUCUGAGACAUUCCUACUUGAAUAAGGUCCACAACUUUCUCAAAUAAACGUCCACACUUC